AUGGUGAAAGGUCCUGGUCUCUACACCGACAUCGGCAAAAAAGCCAGAGAUCUUAUCUACAAAGAUUACAACACUGACCACAAAUUCAGUAUCUCUACUUACUCUCCCACCGGUGUUGCCAUCACUUCAACUGGAACUAAGAAAGAUGACCUAUUGUUAGGAGACGUAGCUUUUCAGUCAAAGCAGAAGAACGUCACUACCGAUUUAAAAGUUUGCACCGAUUCUACUGUUCUUAUCACUGCUACUGUUGAUGAGGCUGCACCUGGACUGAAGUCAAUCUUCAGCUUCAAGGUCCCUGACCAAAAUUCCGGCAAGAUUGAGUUACAGUACUUGCAUGACUAUGCCGGUAUCAACACAAGCAUGGGAUUGACUCAGAACCCAACUGUCAACUUCUCUGGUGCGAUUGGUACCACUACCUUGGCUAUUGGUACUGAUGUGUCCUUCGACACGAAAUCUGGCAAUUUCACCAAGAUCAAUGCUGGGUUAAGCUUCACCAAGGACGAUUUAAUUACCUCUCUUACCCUGAACGAGAAGGGCGAUCUGUUGAAUGCUUCAUACUACCACCUUGUUAACCCGCUGUUCAACACCGCCGUCGGAGCAGAAGUGAGCCAUAAGUUCUCUACCAAGGACAACACCAUAACCGUGGGAUCUCAGCAUUCGCUUGACCCGUUGACCUCGGUGAAAGCACGUGUCAACAGCGCAGGCAUAGCGAGUGCACUCAUUCAACACGAGUGGAAACCAAAGUCAUUGUUCACAAUCUCAGGAGAAGUUGACACCAAGGCCAUUGACAAGAGCGCUAAGGUUGGGUUUGCUCUCGCGCUCAAGCCCUGA